CGGCGGGUUCGGGUGUGCUCCUCCCUCGGCCCCGCCGUCCCCUCCUCGCAGGAGAGGCGCAGAGAAAUCAAAUGCUGGGUAACACGCACUGACGGCGUCCAGAGGCGAGGCGUCGGCGUAAAGGCGUGCUAAGCAUGGAGGAAGAUGAAGAGGAAGACUAUAUGUCUGAUUUAUUUAUUAAACAGGAUGUAAGGCCAGGCUUGCCCAUGGUGAGGAGGGUGAAGGAAGCUAUUCAGAAAGAAGAAAAGCAAAAAGAAGCCAAUGAGAAGAACAGGCAAAAAAGCAUAAAAGAAGAAGAAAAAGAGAGACGUGAUAUGGUACUGAAAAGUGCAUUGGGCAACGAGAACAAAGGCUUUGCUUUGCUCCAGAAGAUGGGCUACAAGAGCGGCCAGGCCCUUGGCAAGAGUGGAGAAGGCAUUGUUGAACCUAUUCCUCUGAACAUAAAAACAGGUAGAAGUGGGCUUGGUCAUGAGGAAUUAAAGAAGCGAAAAGCUGAAGAAAAGCUGGAAAACUAUAGACAAAAACUCCAUAUGAAAAAGCAAGCAAAUGAACAAGCUGCAGAUCAGUUCAGAAUAAGAUUCAAAACCAAACAAGAGGAACGUAAGAUGGAAGGGGACCUGCGAAAAAGCCAGAGGGCCUGCCAGCAAUUAGAUAUGCAAAAAGAUAUUGAUGUUCCCAAGGAGACUUGGUUUUGGAUACAACCUGAAGAGGAAGACAAAAAGGAUGAGGAAGACGAGGAAGAUGAAUACACAAGCUCAGACUUAAGUGUGGCAGAAAAGCUCCACAUCCUGACGGCCUAUUUGAGAGAGGAGCACUUCUACUGCAUCUGGUGUGGAACAACCUAUGAAGAUUCUGAAGAUUUAUCUUCAAACUGUCCUGGAGACAGUGCAGCAGAUCAUGACUAAAGCCAGUCUAAAGGAAGGAGCCCUAGAUAAGGAAUAACAGUUGCUACUGUAACUAGCCAUUUAUAAAAAGUUAAUGCUGAAGUAUACAAACACUAUGCAGGGAAAAUACAUCAAAAAUUGCUGGGACAAACUAACUAAACAGCAAGAAGGUAAUGAUGUUACAUUG